AUCUGCAUUGAUAUCGAGCAUAACAUAUAGCCAACCAAAACGAAGGACACUGAGGUGUCUAAAUGUCUUUUUCCUUCUCAAAAGAAACAAAAAUCGUCACUUCUUUCAAUCAUCCCAUUGUGUAUCACUGUUUAUCUCUCGUUGCUUCUUCUAUUGUGCGGCACGACCCAAGAAGUCAGUCCUAUUCACAAGCAAGGAUUGGAGCAGAAAAAGAAAAGACGACGAAAAUGGUUGAGGAAUGCGAACGGUCCAGCGGCCCUUUUGUUGGGCGUGCAUAUGAUUCUUUGUUCAGGACGGGCGUGUAUGCCCCAUACACGUAAUAUGAUAAAAGAUGAGUAAAAGUUUUGAGGAUGAAUGGGUCUGUAUAGCCUCGCUAUUCUCGUGCCAUUCAUUCAUCCAAUCCUUCCUUGAUACACCGCCCUGUCAUCACAAAAGCGAGCACUAUACAGCAUGCAAUCUCGACGAAUCUGGUCAACAUUUCCCCCCGAAAAUGUUCUUUAUUGGAGUUAUGUUUCACCGUCGGACAAUUUAUAGCGGCGUACAUUCUAAAAUUUACUCUGAAGGAUUAUCAACUUGGUCUCCAAACUGAAGUGAAUAAAAGCCUGCUCCUCAAAUCUCUCUUUUUGUCUACAUAAAAUUCAUGACUACCGCUCCAACCUGAUGAUAAAUCUAUAACUUUCCGGACUUGGAUUUGUUGCCGGGAAUCUCCAAUAACAGGGGAGGGAUCACCUAAGAGAGAGACCGAGACUUAUGAUAUCUCGGUGAUGAAAUACGACUGACGGAAAUAAACAGACAGGAUAGCCGACAGUCAGUAGGAUCUGUUCAAUUUGUAUCCUUCUCGCCUGUUUUAAGUGGUAAUCGAAUCGGGUUUGGCGUAUUUUCGUCGCUAUUGUUAAAGGACCUCCAGUUUUGAAGCACCCCGUUAAGAAGUUUAUCUUGUUUAUUGGGAGCUGCUAUUCUGAAUACACUAUAUUGCCCGAGGGGAGUGCUAAUAACGUCAUCGCAUGGAUUCCUUUAAUUGAUUGAAUUGUGUUUUCGCUAAAUAACUUACUGAAACUAUAUCUAUCCAUGAUAGUUAGAGCCUACCACAGGACCAGGCAUAUACGUAGUAUUAUUCAGAAGGAUAAAGGAGAUAUAUAACAGAAAUUGAAUCCAUGACAUCAUUAUAAAAUGGCCGAUCACGCUGCUACCGAGGUGAAGCCCUCGACGAAGAGUUCGACCACGGCCUCGUCUCCCGGAUAUCUGGAAGCAGAAGAGAGUCGACUCAUAUGGUGCUCACAUAUAUUUAACGCAAUCCUAUUCUGUGCCAGCCUCGGAGCUGUUUGUGUCUCACUUUGGGUAUGGAUUGAACUUUCAACCUACGAGUCACGUGAUGGCAUCAUCGCUCUGAUUGGUCCACUCUAUUACGUAGCUAACUUUACCCCACUUGCCGAGGGUGCCGCCGUUUUCUUCAUCAUAGCCGUAGGUGCCAUAGGACUCUGUUUUAAAUCCCGCUGUACUCUCGUGUGGUAUUUCGGAAUGCUCUUUCUCUUAUGCAUGCUCUCAGUUGUCAUUGCAAUAAUCUCAUUUGCCUUAUAUUUCGAGUUGACUGACACUCUGAAAACUUCGAUGGCUGAUAAAAUAGAAUCUUACUACUCGACAUCGGGCAUGGAUGAUAUCACACAAUACAUCGACGUUAUUCAAAAAGAGUUCCAUUGUUGUGGAUCAACGGCAUACACCGACUGGAAUUCAUCGACCUGGAAACAAGAAAGCCCGGGCUGGAUACCGUCCACGUGCUGUGUUAGAACGAAUGCGACGUCGUCAUCGUCAUCAACGUCGCCCUCGUCAAGGAUCCUCAACGAAACUGCGUGUACAAACAGGAGUGGAGAAGCCAGCAUCUUUCCGAAUAUGUACAUGCAUUCAAGAGGGUGUCAUACGUUAAUCAAGGAUCCAGUAGAAACACCCAUUCUUAUAUUGGGUGGCAUAAGUGCAGCUCUCUUUCUUAUACAACUCAUCAGUCUCAUCUUUCUCAUCAACCUUCUGCGGAGGAUGGGGCCGAGAUCGCCGGCGCAGAUGAAGUUUAGCGAUCGGGACACAGCCCGCGAGACUCUGGACAAACUUGACUACUGGCUCGACCGGGAAGCCGAAGAAAUCAAGCGGCAGAGUGCCAAAAGGAAGAAACAGGAGAUGAAAAAGAGUCUAAAAUCCUGAGUCCGGCUCAAAGACGUUGAUAUCAGACAAUUGAUAAUCUAACAGUACUGCAAGGAAACUGUUGAAGGGAAUUCUCUUCCUUCCCCGACAAUUCUAUCAUACUGUUGUCUUUCGCUCCAUGUAUUUUUCGGUGAUGACGUCGUAUAAACCGUUACCGACUGAAGAACCCGUGAACCGUGCACAUCGGAUCCGAAACCCGGUCCGGUAGAACGAUUCAUAAGAAUUGAAACGAAAUGUUCAAAAAGGGAAUCCCCCCCCCCCGACAAGUCUAUACUGUCGUUCUUUCGCGUCAUCCAUGGAUUUCUCGGUGAUGACGUCGUAUAAACCGUUGCCGACCAAAGAACCCAUGAACCGUGCACAUCGGAUCCGGUCCGGUAGAUUGAAACAUUAUUAUUCACGCACUUUUUCGCUCAGUGAUCGGAUAGAGGACCGGGUGACCCCGAUCGGAUUGUGUAACACAGACAGUCGUAAGUAGUCGGUGUUUUGCCUCGAUCCGACCUCGAGAAUGGCAUGCGGUGCGCAUGAUGGGACAUUGUGAUUGGAUAUUUCGUUGUAUUAAUGUGCAUGCUUCCACUCUUCCCGGCAUCCAGGAAAUUCCUGGAAGUUUUCCGGGAAUGAUAUAAUUUUCUGAAUAUGUCAUAAAUCUAUCACAAAAUUGGAUCUUUGUAAUUAAACUGACACAGAUUUUUGCUCGCUCGCAACUCUUCAAAAAUUUUACCCGAUACAUCAUACUUCGCCCCCUCAAUUUUUUUUUUUGGGGGGGCUCAUUAUGGCACUGUCUCCUUUUUCUGUAUAGAAGAAAAUUAUACAAUCUUAUGGAAGACAGGAAAACAUUUGUAAAAUUUCAGGAUUUUUUGUGAAAUUCCAAGAACUUUCAGAUUUAAUUCCAGGAAGUUUCGUUUUGAAAAGUGGAAUCACUGUGUGAGCUGAAGAUGAGAGUACUGCUGUCCCAUUGUAAAAGGAAGCAACUCUGUGAAAUUAGUUUCUAUAAGUAAAAUGAGGAAAAUGCAUCAUAUUUUUAUGUGCUAUUGACAUGUCUAUAUUUCAGAUAUUGAGGGCUUCAAUUCCUUAGCAUCAUUGUAGAGCAUACAGAAAAUGUCGUAAAUUAAUAAGGUCAGUUUUGAAAAAAAAAGUCAGGGGUGCUAUUUUCUAUUUUCAUUGGAUGGCAGAGAAGUCUUAAUGCUAAAUAACACUGCCUUGAUAUCAUGAAUAUUUAACAGUAAAAUCGCCUCAUGGAGCCUGUUUCAUAAACAGUUACAACUUUGAUAAAGUUUGCCAUUAUAAAAAUGGCAAAUUACCAUGCUAACAGGGCUCAGCAGCCAAUCAAAAUCGAAGCUCAUGUUUAUGAUAGUUAUCAUGAUAAUAAAUUUAUCAUUUAUGAAGAGGCUACCAAAACAAUUAUUUAUUAUUUGGCCGAUAUUCGAAUGAUGUAAACAGUAAUAUUCGAAUGCCGAUUGGAUGAAAGUCAUUUGAAAAAUUUGAAUAUUCUCAGUUCCAGGACAGCUCUUUACCGGAAUAUCAAUAACUCAAAUUCAGUAUUAAUAAGUGGAACUUGCCUCUUAAGUGAAAAUAAAUGCCUUAACCGGUUAAAUUUCACAUAAAUCUGGACUCCUAUUCAAGUGAAUAGAAUAGAAAAAUUAUUCAUCAAUACCAUAAAAGUUUCGGUGUGAUAUUAUAUGACUAGACUUUCUAUUCAGAAAACCCGCUCCCAAUUUGUUUCAUUGAUUUUGCAUGACUGAAAUUUAAAAAGAUUAUGAGAGUUCGAUUUCAUAUACAUGCUCCAUAUUUGAACUUGAAGUUAAAGUUAUAUCUAGAAUUGCUUAUCCACAUAUGACUAUUCGCUAUUGACACUUCAAAUAUUCAAACACUGUAACAAUUCACUUAUUUUUAUAUGUUUUAAUCAUACUUCAUUUAUUGUUUACCAUUAUUAACUUUUUGUAUUCUUGUCAGUUGUGAUCAUGACUUUCACAAUAUCUGAAUAAAUAUUCAAUGUUUCAUCGGUGAAGAACGAUUAUGUACUAA